CCUAGUGGUGCAGUGGACUAAUUCCAUGGCUAGAGAACAGAGAGAUGAUGGGUUUGAAUCUCACUGACGCCAUGCAACAUAAAAAAAGAAAUGGGUUUGCAUGAUUAAUGCCGAAGCAAAUUAAUUGUGCUUGGAGUUCAAAACAGUUAACCUAAACUAGCAGUGUCAUAAACAGUCUCAGGACAUUAUUUUAUUACCCUAUAAUUUCUGUUCUCAGAAUGGUAUUAAAACACCCCAGGAAAUUUUUCAGGGAACCAUAGAAAAACCUCCCUGCAACCUAAAAAUAUAUGUCAUAUGGUCUUGUUCAUCGCUUUCAGAACGCACUGACUCCUAGGGCGCAGACUGACCGUCCCGUGUUCCAUCAAGAUGAGCUGAUUAUGGAUACGUUUAGACGGUGAUAAUAACACAUUUACAAUGUUUUCGUGGGGAGAGAACACCCGUGAUGGCUUCGGUUUAGUGAAAUCGAAGGAUUUGGUAAAGGCGAACACGGACGGUUGCGUAAAUUUCAUACACCUGAAAUCUCCAGUUACGCGUCUUUCUGCAGGUAAUAAAGUGGUCGCGUUCAUCAGAAAUAAUGGGAAACAAGUGUCCCUCGCUCGGAUGCAAGAUGACAAAGAUGGGAGAAGGAUCACAGGAAAACUGAAGGGUGUGGAGUGCAGGGAGAAGAUUCUGGCUCUGAGUUGCUGUGAUGCACAUAUUAUUUUACUGUCUGAAGAGGGCAGAGUUUUCUGCCUCACCCAAUCAUCCAAUGUUCCCAGCCCAGUGGGUAACUUGAAUCACGUAAUUCAAGUUGCAUGUGGAGACCAGCAUUCCAUUGCGCUAACCCAAGAUGGUAAAGUGUUCACGUGGGGCCAGAACUCCAGUGGACAACUGGGUUUGGGGGAGGGAGAGCCCAGCACCUUGUCUCCCCAGCCCCUCAAGUCUCUGUCAGGGAUCCCCCUGGCUCAGAUCACCGCUGGGGGAGACCACAGCUUCGCCCUGUCACUCUCUGGAGCCGUGUUCGGCUGGGGCAAGAACAGCGCCGGGCAGCUGGGACUGGGGGACACAAUAGACAGACCUGCUCCAGCUCCUGUUGAUUGCCUGAAUCUAAAGAAGACCAUUACUGUUUCCUGUGGAGGGGAGCAUACUGCUGUUCUGACAAAGGGAGGUUUAGUGUUCACAUUUGGCUCGGGUCGAUAUGGACAGCUUGGACACAACUCUCUCAGAAAUGAACUACGACCUCGACUGGUGGCCGAAUUCUGGGGGGCAAAGGUGACCCAGAUAGCCUGUGGAAGAAACCACACAUUGGCGUUUGUGGGCUCCUUCAAAAAUAUCUACUCAUUUGGGCAUGGAGAGCAAGGGCAGCUGGGAAAUGGAGUCAAGAUGGAUCAGUCUGUGCCUCUGCCAGUACACCUACCACAGGACCACAUUGAUGACCAGCAAAUUGAACAAACCUUUGCUGGAGGAAACCAUUCUUUUGCCUUGUGCAGCACUACUCAAGUAUCAGGAAAAGGGUUGAAUGACUCCAAUCGCGGAAAAGUGACUCAAACAUUAGAUGAUGACAUCAUUAACAGAUGGAUCUCGGACUGUGACUCAAAAUCAUGGAAGACAAUACAGAAGGAAAUCACAAAAACAUUCUCUUCUGCAUCAAGUUUAAAUGGGAGCUUCUUGGACAAAAGCCGUGACAAACAUUAUCAAACCUCACUGAAGCGCUCUGGCCUGGACUUGUCAUUCGCCCGACUGGCUUUUCAAAAGCUGGCUACAAAGAAUAAAGUUCUGGCUGAGGUUGACGAUGUUGUCCAGCGCAUACUCCUUCCCUCCCUGAGUAAGGAUCCAAUUGGUGUGGAGUGUCUGAGGGUGUACCUCAUCAUCCCUGAGCUCCUGAGGGUUCUCCUAAAACAACAACGUGGCAUAGACAUUACUGAGGCCUUCGCUGCUGCCGUCCUCAGACUGAACCCAGACAAGCUCCAGGUCCUUGAGGGCCUAUGGUCGACACUUCCCGACACCCCCUUCAGAACUCUGGUGAAAACAUUCCACUAUGUGUCAGCAGAGUAUCUCCGUAAGGUGGCAGAGGAGGAUUAUGCUGCUGAAAAACAUAUUGUAGGGACUGUAAAGGUUAUGGAGAGGCUGUAUGAGGUCAAUUGCAACAGACUCAUCAAAAUUGCGGCAAGCAAUUUCCACAUCAACAGAAACAAUUAUAUGCUUCGGAAUAUGCUCAACACACUUGUAUAUUGUGACUACCUAAAUCUUCCCGAGGGUUUCUUUUAUACAUUUCAACAACAAUCCUGCAUCUUUAACACAGAGGCUAAAUGUAUGGUUUAUCAAUUGGAACUCAAUUACAGUUUUGUCCUCGGUGGACUGUUAGCCUUUUGGGUCCCUACAAUACAUGUGAGGAGAGAGAGAGCCCUGGAAGAUGCUUUCCAGCACCUUCGACAAAGUGGGCACAACUUCACAAUGCCUUUGAAGGUGAAGUUUCAAGCAGAGGAUGGUGUGGAUGAAGGUGGUGUUUCACUGGAAUUCUUCAGCCUCCUGGGGAGGGAACUUCUCAAAAUGGAACCAAAGACACUGGAGGUUUACGAGGAUUCUGGACUUGCGUGGCUCACAACAGAUGGCGGCGGUAUUACUGAUGAAUUCUACUUGCUUGGGCUGCUCUGUGGGAAGGCACUGUAUAAUCAGUGUGUUCUGAACCUCUGCUUUCCUCUGGCUCUCUUCAAGAAGCUUCUGGGUCUGACUACAACAUUGGAUGACCUUAAAGAGCUGUCUCCAACUGAAGCAAGUGGCUUGCAGAAUGUGUUGGAUGAAGAUGAUGAGUUAGUUGAAGCAAUGGAUUUGGUUUUCAUGUACAAAGGGCAAGAACUGAUACCAAAUGGAGAGGAGCUCCCAGUUACCAUGGUCAACAGGAAGAAAUAUGUUGACUUGUACGUUGACAUGAAGCUCAACAAGUCAGUGCAGAGCCAGUUUGCAGACUUUGAGAAAGGCUUCCACAAAGGCUUCCCUAUACAGGCAUGGAGGAUGUUUCUACCUGAGGAGCUGAUGACACUUCUACAAGGAGAUGACAACUACGAGUGGGACAAGUUGAGAGAGAAUGCCAAGUAUCAAGGAUAUAGGCCCACAGAUGACAUCAUCCAGAACUUCUGGAGGGUUUUCACAGAGUUCCCAGAGGAGGAAAAGAAGAAGUUCUUAACUUUUCUGACUGGAACGGACAGAUUGCCCAGAGGACGAAGUCUCUCCAAACUGCAGAUGCAAAUCACGACUUUGGGCAGCACUGACGCUGAUGAAUAUUAUCCGAAAGCACAAACGUGCUCUGUGACGUUAUGCCUCCCUAACUACAGCAGUAUCGACACACUACAGGAGAAGCUUCUCCAUGCUAUCACCCACUGUGAUGUGUUUGGAUAUUUUUCCAUGAUGCUGUGUUGGGGCAGUACUGUGGAGGGCCAGCUGGGUAUCGGCGGAGCGGGGGACCCAGUGUACGAACCCCGGAGCUGCCAGGCAUUCAAUGGGCGUGGCCUGAAGGAGGUGGCGUGCGGUGGGCGCCAUUCGCUAUUCCUGUUGCGUGAUGGGAGAGUGUACACGUGCGGCUCCAACCGCUGUGGGCAGCUGGGCCACGACAAGCCGGGGGACUCGCCAGAACUGGUGGUGGCCCUGGACACCCAGAAGAUAGGGGUGGUAUCGUGCGGCCAGGCCCAUUCCAUGGCGCUGAAUGAGCAGGGCCAGGUGUUUGCCUGGGGGGCCGGUGGAGGGGGCCAGCUGGGACUGGGGACCGCUGAGGAGACCGUCCCAAUCCCCAGGCUGAUCAAGAAGCUGUGCGAGCAUCGCAUCUCUCAAAUAAUGUGUGGCAACAAGCACUGCAUCGCACUCUCUAAAGACGGUCAGCUGUUCACGUGGGGCCAGAACUCGAGCGGUCAGCUGGGUUUGGGGAAGGGAGAGCCCAGCACCUUGUCUCCCCAGCCCCUCAAGUCUUUGUCAGGUAUCCCCCUGGCUCAGAUCACCGCUGGGGGAGACCACAGCUUCGCCCUGUCACUCUCUGGAGCCGUGUUCGGCUGGGGCAAGAACGGCGCCGGACAGCUGGGGUUAAAUGACAAACAGGACCGGUCUGUCCCUUGCCACAUCAAGUUCCUCAGAUCCCAAAAAGUGGUUUAUAUCAGCUGUGGAGACGAGCAUACAGCUGCCCUCACCAAGGAUGGGGGUUUGUUUACGUUUGGGGACGGUUCUCGUGGUCAACUGGGUCAUGACUCCACCAACAACGAGCCUCUACCCAGACAGGUGCAGGAGCUGAUGGGCAGCGAGGUUUCCCAGAUUGCCUGUGGCAGACACCACACCCUGGCGUUUGUGCCUUCCUCCGGUCUGGUGUAUGCUUUCGGUUGUAACACCAAUGGUCAGCUGGGCACCGGGACACGAGGUGACAUCAAAAGCCCACUUCCUGUCAAAAGCAGCCUCACAGGAAGGCUCACAGGAAGUCCUCGUCAUAUGUCAGGGCCUGAUCAUUAUGCCAUUACAAAAAUCAACUGUGGAGGGGACCAUAACUUCCUAUUGUACUCCGAUGAAAAGAGUUCCACCCCUCCUGAAGACUUCCGCGUCACUAACAUCAGUAGAAGCAUCUCUUUGAUAAAUGAUGCCAGUUUGAAUACGUGGAGGAUGAAACUCCUAGACAACACAGAUUCCACUAUCACCAAUGACGUCAUUCUCCUGCUGUCUUCCACCGCCUGUUGGAACGCCAGCUUCCUGGAUGAGAGUGAUGACAGCCAUUUUAAGACCAACCCUAAAGUCCCUGGCAUCGAUCUCAACUCAGUCCGCCUGCUGUUUGAGACACUCAGUAAACCGCCCUUCGCCAGACUAUUGGAGCAGGCCACUAAGAGUUUUGAGAGCCUGCUGAUCCCCCAGCUGCCCUGCUCUCCCCCUGACGUUGAGGCCAUGAGGAUCUACCUGAUCCUGUCGGAGUGUCCCGCCCUACACGACUCCAAAAACUACAUCACCCUCACCAUCCCCCUAGCCAUGGCCAUACUCCGCCUGGAUGCCAACCCCAGCAAAGUGCUUGAUAACUGGUGGUGCCUGGUGGACGGCGGUGUGUUCUCCAGGCUGGUGGACAUGUAUAAGAGCAUCGUGGUGUUCCUGUUAACCGGAGGAAAGGCCCUGCUCGUCCCUGUCUUCCUAGAAAACUACACCAGUGCCACGCUAAAGCUUCUAGAGAAACUUCAUAAGGUUAACCUGAAGGCCGGGCAUGUAGAGUACAACCGCUUCUAUAUCCCUGACAUCACCACCCUGGUGGACAUCCAGGAAGACUACCUCAAGUGGUUUCUGAGUAAAGCAGAGAUUAAAAUGAGAACACCAGCAGUACAGAGCUCAGUGACUUUAUGUGCCUACCCGUUCAUACUGAACGCCCAAGCCAAGACCACCAUGCUGCAAACUGACGCUGAGCUACAGAUGCAGAUGGCGGUGAGCGGGGCCAACAUGCAUAACGUUUUCAUGCUGCUGACGCUGGAACCCCUCCUGGCACGGAACCCCUUCCUGGUGCUCCACGUACGCAGGGACCACUUAGUGAGCGACGCGCUGAGAGAGCUCACCAUCUACUCUGACGUCGACCUCAAGAAGCCCCUCAAGGUGAUCUUUGAUGGGGAGGAGGCGGUGGAUGCAGGGGGGGUAACCAAGGAGUUCUUCCUACUGCUGUUGAAGGAGCUGAUGGACCCUGUGUACGGCAUGUUCACCCAGUACACCCAGUCCAACCUGCUCUGGUUCUCUGAUAAAUGUUUUGUGGAGUACAACUGGUUCAAUCUGAUAGGGAUCAUUUGUGGGCUGGCCAUCUAUAACAGCACCGUGGUGGACCUCCACUUCCCCCUGGUCCUUUACAAGAAGCUACUGGGCGUAGCACCCACUCUGGAGGACCUCAAGGAGCUGUCGCCCACAGAGGGCAGGAGUUUACAACAGCUCCUGGACCAUGAGGAAGAUGACAUUGAGGAGACAUUUUGUCUAAACUUUGCUAUCACCAGAGAGUACUAUGGUCUGACGGAGGUUAAGGAGCUUAUCCCUGGAGGAGACCGCAUCACUGUGGACAAGAACAACAGGGAGGAGUUUGUGGAGGCCUACCUGAAGUACAUGUUCAGGGACUCUGUGAGCGAGCUGUACCAGGCCUUCUCCUCUGGGUUCCUGAAGGUGUGUGGUGGGAAGAUCCUGUCGCUGUUCCAGCCCUCCGAGCUUAUGGCCAUGGUGGUGGGAAACAACAACUAUAACUGGGAAGAAAUGGAGAAGAAUGCGGUUUACAAAGGAGAGUAUUCAGCCACUCAUCCGACUGUGAGGAUGUUUUGGGAGGUAUUCCAUGAGUUCCCUCUGGAAAAGAAGAAGCGGUUCUUAUUAUUCCUGACGGGCAGCGACCGCAUCCCCAUCCAUGGCAUGGAGAGCCUCCGCAUCUCCAUCCAGUCCACGUCGGCCGAGGAGCACUAUCUGCCCGUGGCCCACACCUGCUACAACCUGCUGGACAUGCCCCGCUACCAGACCAAACAGACCCUACACCGCCGUCUCACCCAGGCCGUGGAGCAGUACGAGGGCUUCAGCCUGGUGUGAGACCCAGUGGCUGGUUCAGUGGCUCCCCCUAGAGGCCCAGGGGGAAUUAGCAUGGCUGCUAAUGCUAAUGUACUUUAAUAACAACGCCCUGUGAAUGGGGGUGGCUGGAUGGAGGGAAGGGGGCUGCUUUUCCAUAGCACUUUCCCUAUACAGUUUACCGUAAGAGAUGAUAUAUUUUGAGUUAAUUGUCUUCUAUGCAGAUUGAUGUACAUAACUUGAACAGUUUUAAUUAAACCAGCUUUUUUGUUGCUUUAAGAUAAUUUAUUGAAUUGAAUAGUUUUUUGGGAUUUGAAAAAUUAUACAUGUCAGAGGUGAACAUUGAAGCCCUUUACCUGGGAUCUGGUCUUUUACCGCUGUUCUUGGGUCAGUUUGAGGACAGAUGAUACCAGAUUAAUACAUGAGUGAACAGCAGGCAGACAGUUCCAUACUCAAGCCCAAUAAAUACAUGGCAUUCUAAUGCCAUACCCACAAUACCAGUCUAUUUCUACAUUAAAAAGACUAACUGAAUGACUGGAGUUACUUACAUGUCCUCAAUCUUACAUUUAUCAAUAUUUCUUUGAUUGCGAUGCCGUUGGAGUGAUUUUAUUACAGUAGUAUUGGUGAAGUGUCUUUUUUUUAAAUGGAUGUUAAAAUGUCUGUGUGCAUGUUGUCGAGAGGAAACGCUAAAAAGACUCAUUGUUACAUUAUAAACAAAACACAAAUACAGCUAAUCCACAUUUCUUUGAUCCCUGUAACCCCAGAUUAGGAAUAAAUCAUCUCAAUGUCAGAAUGAGUGCACAUUUGUAGCCUGGCGGAUAAUAGGUUGAUUUACAGAUUAUCUGUUCAUGGUUCCCACCAGUUCCUUCUGUGAUGACACAGCAUUCAGACCAAAGACAUUAUGGUUGAUUUGACCUGCAGAAUUAGUCUUGGGUCAUUGACUAGGUUUAAGGAACAGAUUAUAUUGGGUCAUGUUAUUAGCAAUAACGAACAGCUCGGUAAUGUAGUGCCGUUUGUAUCGAGGGUCAGGGGACGCUGCACUCUGAACAUCUCUGCAUCGUUUCCCGGCCGUUACUUCAAUGACUUCUCUCAAGUGUAUCUGGAUCGUGUGUUGAUAUGCAAGUGAUAAAAAUAACUGUCUGUGCAUUCUGCCUAUUCAGUCCUAUUACCGAACGUCUCAGCCAAUGGAGGCUGGUAUAUAUUGUAUUGUCUACCAUUUCUCUGAAGCCACGUCUUUCUCCGCUGUAACUGGGGUUAAGACAAACGUCGUUAUCUAUAGGGACGGCUGGUCUCCUUGUUUGUCUUUUGUUUUAAUACAUCAAUAGCCACAAAUUUGCCCAAGGGGAAUCAUUACUAUUUUGAUUUAUAAUUCGUCACCCUCAGUGUAGACAAUGACAUAGUGACAUUUUGUUUAUUCAAAGCUGAGCUAGGGCAAUACCUGAGGGAGGCUCAGUGUGUUCUAUUAUAGCCUGGUCCUUAAUCCAUUUGUGCUGUUGGCAAGACAACAAACCGAUCAGCAACCAGGCUAGGGGAAAAGCCUAUUCAUUCCUAUUAUUCUUAUUUCACCACGGCAAUGGCGACAAUUCCAAAUCAUUGGGUCAUUGUUUGCAAAUAAGGGCUUAUUAGUGGAUCUAUAACUGGAUUGUUAAGUUUAUCAUAUUUAAUUUUGUACCUUCUAAAUGGAUGACAUUUUUCCCUGAACAAAUAAAACGUAAUUCCAGCUUG